CUGGCGGCCGCGCAUUCCAGAGCCUCCAGAGCCACCCGAGCAGAGCGUGCCCCGUGCCCAGCCGCGCGUCCCGGCCACUGCUGCGCGCUCCCGCCUGCCCGGGGCUUGGAGCUACGGGGCACAUUCGGGGCCGAGAUCCCGGGGCUAGGGCUCGCAUCCCACUGCUAGGACCCGUACCGUCCGAGGAGACCUGGAGAAGCGUUCCGGCUGCCUCUACUGCCAGGAACUUUUCGCAGACCUGGCACGAUCCAGCAGCGGCUGGGGCCGUGGGUUUUCAAAGGAGCUGUGCGGAUCCAGGAGUGAAGCAGCAUGGAUGCCAUCAGCCAGGUCCCCAUGGAAGUCGUGCUCCCCAAGCACAUCCUGGACAUCUGGGUCAUUGUCCUCAUCAUCCUGGCCACCAUUGUCAUCAUGACCUCCUUGUUGCUGUGCCCGGCCACUGCGGUCAUCAUCUAUCGCAUGCGGACUCAUCCUGUCCUCAAUGGGGCCGUCUGAGAACCUCCCAAGAGGGGCAGGUGACGGAUGAGGACAGUGUCCCUGCCCCCAGCUUCUUUCCCUUUCUCAGAAGAGCCGCAGGAGGGACUUUGGAGCAUGGACACUGGAGCUCGAUAUGUGAGGAGACCUGAGUUCUGGUUUUGAUUCUGCCACUGGCCAGUGGUGUGAGUUUGGUCAAGGGACCUAAUUCUAUGAGUUCCAGGCUCCUUAUUUUCCAAAUGGGGAUCAUGAUUCCUGCCCGUCCUACCUCAUGGGGCUGUGAGAACCAAUGACCUAGUGGAGGUUAAAGCUGUUGGUGAGUAGAUACACAGGUGUUACUGCUGAAUGCUGAGAAGCUUUGAAGAACCAAAGACCCUAGCUGCUGAUGAGGGUCUUCAAGGUGGUGAGGGAGACACUGGGGCAGAGCAGUCUUCCCCAGUGCCCCUAAGAUGAAGGCAAGCAAAGGCACCCCGUCAUCAUUCCAAGGGACCAACAGCAUGUGGCUCAGCGUUCUUUCCUUUGAGGUGCCACUCCCUUGAGUUGUCUAAUUUGGGAGGGAAUUGAGCAUGGCAGGGGGAGGGAGAUGGGUGGAUCUUCCCAGGACACCGGAAUCUGCAGUUUGGAGGGGCUCUGACAUUUCUUGGCAACGCCAAGGGAGCUGGGGUGAUGGGCUCCAUUCUGCAUUAGCGUCCUAUAGCUUUGACGCUCAAGCAGUGUUGGCAGAUGCAGGGUGGCUGAGUUCCCUGGCCAGCUUUCAGGAUACCCAGCGCCCGCCCCGUCCCCUGUGUGCCCCUCCGCCCCAGCCCCUGCUGUAAUUAGGUCCACCGCAUAAUGUGUACUCCCUUCAUCCCCUCCCACCAGCACUGCAACCAUUCCAAGGUACGAAAUGUUCCCAGCACCUUUGGAACUAACUCAAACAAUGAUGUUUAUUUUAAAUGCUACAAUUUAUAUUUAUAUGUAUAGAGAGAUUUCUGGACCACUCAAGCUCUUUGACCGAAAUAAGGAGCAUCUGGGGAUUUGUUAAAUUAUGUAAGAAGAUAGCACAGAUUAUCGGGAUAUUAUUGUGUGAAAAUGAUGCUUUUAGGUUGAUCUGAUUUCAUUGAUGUACCUAACUAAUUUCCAAUAAAGUGCUAGAAUGAGCA